AGCAGCGAGGUUUCCGUUUGGCAUCUUUGAUUAAUUCUAGACAUUGUAUCAAUUUAAACUUUAUUGAGCAUUUCUGUACUAAAUUCGGAUGUGGAAAAGAAAAUGAACAAAUUAUUAAGUUUCUCAAUCUUAAUAUUCGUGGAAAAUGCAAAUUCAUUACUAUACUUUGACAACGUGAGGUAAACCGUAUCUAGGUAGGAUUUGAAGCGAAGCUUAGUUGACAUAACCUUAAAGUUCGUCUAUUACAAUACACAAACUAGUUUAAAGAAAAUGAAUACACCGCAAUCGAAUAAAAAGAAGGGCAGAAACAGAGUCGGUGGAAUGAAUAACGAGUGCUCCAGUCCCACGAACGUAGAAACACAAAGCUUGCAAGAAUCUACGAAAUUCGUUUUGGUGAAUCCGAUUGGAGAAGAUGCGCAUAAGACAUUUAAAAUAGGUAUUGCAGACUCUGUGCCAAUCAUUUCAUUAGAAGGAAACGGUUUUGACGAGAAAAGCAUGAUACAAAAAGGCCACAAUCUAUCGAUGGACAAAGAAAAGGACGAAAAGAAUGUGCUGAACAGUUUACCCGUUGCGAUGGUAAAAGAAAUAGAAGGAUACGAACAGCAGCUGGGAGAAGCUGAACCUCUACCAAAUUCUUACAUCAGGUUCAUGGAACGCAGUGGCGAAGAGCUGGAUGGGGAGGUGGAAUAUGAUCUGGAUGAAGAGGACACUGCAUGGUUGUCCAUAGUGAAUGAAAGACGAUCAGCCUCUGGGCUGACACCACCUCUGGAACCUGACACUUUUGAACUAUUAAUGGACAGAUUGGAGAAAGAAUCGUACUUCCAGCAGCAAACCAAUGGUGGUGGAGGAGUGGCAGCUGACGAAGACGCAGUGUGUUGUAUUUGCAUGGAUGGAGAGUGUCAAAACAGCAAUGCAAUUUUAUUUUGCGAUAUGUGCAAUCUUGCGGUCCAUCAAGAUUGCUACGGUGUACCAUAUAUUCCAGAGGGCCAGUGGCUGUGCAGACGAUGCUUACAAAGUCCUUCAAGAGCUGUAGAUUGCGUUUUGUGCCCUAACAGAGGUGGAGCUUUCAAGCAGACGGAUCGUCCAGCUUCAUGGGCCCAUGUAGUCUGUGCCUUGUGGAUACCAGAAGUCAGGUUCGCGAACACCGUGUUCCUGGAGCCUAUCGACAGUAUAGAAAGCAUUCCCGCUGCUCGCUGGAGACUCACUUGCUGCGUGUGCAAGCGCAGAGGAUUUGGUGCUUGUAUCCAGUGUCACAAAAGCAACUGUUACGCUGCAUUUCAUGUGACCUGUGCGCAACAGGCUGGUUUAUGUAUGCGUAUGAGGACAGUGCAACCAGCCAACGGAGAGCCGAUGUUGGUACAAAAGACUGCUUACUGCGAGGCGCACACUCCCCCUGAUUACCAACCUUCCACCAAUCCUGCAGAUGCCAGAAGAAGAGCUAUCGCCAACAAGAAGAGCUCCUCCGCUCCUGUUAUCUCCAUUCCUACCAUUCCGCCUGAAAGAAUCAAGGAAAUUGCUAGCUUAGCAGAAGGAUUGCCUAAGAAAAGUCAACUGAUACAGCGCCUUAUAGCGUACUGGACUCUGAAACGCCAGUAUAGAAAUGGUGUUCCACUUUUGCGGAGACUUCAGAGUUCGCAUCCACAGUCCAGGCCACCACCGCUUGGAGAUCAUUCCUCACCACCAGCUGACGGUGAAUUGCGUGGCGAACUGUAUCGUCAACUGAAAUACUGGCAAUGUUUGCGUCAGGAUCUGGAACGAGCUCGACUUCUGUGCGAACUGGUUCGCAAGCGAGAAAAAUUGAAAAAAGAAUUAUUCAAAGUGAAAGAGAAGUGCUUGUGGUUCGAGUUGCGUCCCCUAGAAAGUAUUCUGCGUACUCUGUUAGAAGCCAUUAAAGUGAAGGACGUGAACGAUGUAUUUGGUCAGCCGGUGAAUACAAAGGAAGUUCCAGACUAUUUAGAAAUCGUGUCCCGUCCCAUGGAUCUCUCCACAAUGCGGGAUAAAGUAGAAAGACAAGAAUACGAUACGAUAGGAGCUUUUGAAGCAGACUUCAACUUAAUGGUAAACAAUUGUCUGGCAUACAAUCGCAAGGAUACAAUGUUCUAUCGAGCUGGGAUAAAAAUGAAAGAGCAAGGCGGAACUCUGAUAGAACAGGCUCGCAAAGAUUAUCCUGACUUGGAUCCAGUCAGCGAAUCUGAACAAACUGUCUCUAAAUCCCGAAAAAGAGAUCGUACGAAUCGAAGUCGCGGAGAAAUCGAAACGCUGCAUGGAGAGAAGGAAAUGGGAGGCGUGAAUAGAAGAACCGUAGUUCUCUUUACUCGUAAAGCCAGGGCAAGAGCCAGCAAGAGCAAUCAGAUGUUCGUUGUGGAAGACGACAGGAAGAAACAGAGUGAUAGCUUCAAAGUCUACAGAAGUGGAACAAUGGACAGUGAUGUUGGAGAAGGCGAAAGCCAGUCAUCGAGCUGUAGCAGCUGUUCAACGAGCAGAUCCAGCACUCCCGAUUUGGACGAAGAGAAACAAAAACAGGAAAUCGAUGAGGCAAAGAAGGAAGAAAGCAAACAGGCAACGAAUAACGGUUUAGAAGCUCUGCAGCUUGUUUGGGCAAAGUGUCGGGGCUAUCCUUGGUAUCCAGCUUUGAUCAUCGAUCCUAAUACGCCUAGGGGAACGGUGCACAAGGGUGUACCAAUUCCUGCGCCACCUGACGACGUAUUAGCUCUUGCAGUCAAUUAUAAAGAACCUGUAUUCUUGGUUCUAUUCUUCGAUACCAAACGAACAUGGCAGUGGUUACCUGGUGAAAAACUGGAGAAACUGGGAGUCUCGCAAGAAUUGGACGAAGCAAAAUUAAUAGAAUCACGAAAACCAGCAGACAGAAAAGCUGUGAAAAAGGCAUAUCAAGAAGCUCUUCAUUAUCGCAAGCAAACUCAUAACACAACAUUGAAUACUGGAACAACCAGUUAAUUUCUUAGAGUUCCGAUAAGAUAUUUGUAAUUUAGUUUAAGGGUUUGUAAGUAUGUACAAAGAAUUGUAAUGAUAUCAAGUUUUAACUUAAAUCAUACUUUCCCAGUAUUCUAUUUAUAAUGUUUUUU